CAACGCUGGACACAGUGUCCGCGUAACACGCAGUAAAGUCCAUGCCAGAAAAAAAGACACUGAUAAACAACCGGUCACGUGUUCACCGACGUUCACAUCCUCGAGUCGCCGGCUGAUGACGUCACGCACCCAGAGCCCAUUGCCGUCCUGGGUGUUUGCGGCAGCUGACGAGCUCAAGUGUUGUCUUCAUUUACCGGUUGGAUUCUGUUUCUCCUAAAAGAGCGCCGCCCCGGUGGGGUGAAGAUGAUGGAGUGAACAGAAUACCCCUUUGUCUGUGCCCCGUCCCGCCUCCUGCCAGGUGGGGUCCCGCAUCAGGAUGGUGGACGUCUCUGUGAAGGGUGAUGCUGCUUGGGUCUGUCCGGCAGCGGGCCGUCAGCUGGCUGAGGUGUUGCUUCCUCUUCCUCUCAGUCAUGAAGAGGAGCUCAGUCAGUGGGAUGAAGAACAGGCUGAAGGAUGUGACCCCGUGCUGUUGGAGCAGGUGGAGGACGGCCGUCCUUGUGUCUUGAUGCUGCGCUGCAGCCCAGACUCCUGCACCGCCAUCCGCCGCCUGCGGCUCAUCACCGAGGCUCGAACCAUGGAGGUGUACGACCAGACCGGAGAAUACUGCGGGACGGCGCGGGGUUCUAGAACUGACUGUGUUGUUUCUGACAGCGCAGACAGGGGUCCGUUCUUCAGCAAACAGCUGCUCCUGGAGACUCCCGCCUUGGCCUGUGAAGUCAAGCUGCUCUCCCUGGCAGGCAGAAACAGUGUGUUGGUGGGCCGCAUCAUAGUGGGCCUGCAGCCCGUUAAGCCCCGCCCACUGCCCGGCUCCAGCAUAGACCUGCAGCGCGUGCAGGGUCUGGUUGAGGAGAUGGGAGCCAAACUGUCUCCAGGGGCCCAAAACCUGAUGGAGAUGGUCCAGUUUCAGCAGCAGAACUCUGGCGGCUCUCUGGGCAGCUUCCUGCCGCUCCUGAUGGGAGGAGGAGCUCUGACUGCCCUGGCUGAAGGAGGGGGGGUGACCCCCAUCAGGAGGCGGCCCCCACCUGAAGUCUCUGUGUCCUCAGACUCCAGCAGCUCUGCAGAACAAACUCCAUUAGCAGAGAACGGGGAGAAGUCAGAAGGCUCCGCCCCUCCGGCGCCCCCCCAUCUCAACGGAAACAAGAUGAACACAGAACAUGGCGUUCCGCUAAGCCCCUCCCACCUGACAGCCGUAAUGUCAGACUUCCUGAAACGGCAGGGUUGCGGCGAGGUGCAAAGCCCUGAUCUGCUGCCGGUACUGCAGAGCGUCUGCGGUCAGGUGACCAGGCUGCGGCUGGACGGCGCCUCGGCGGUUGAGAAGGAGAACGAGCUUAGAAACGGCUGCUGGAAGCUGGAUUCAGCCAUGGAGCGGCGGCUGGAGGAGAUGGAGAGGAGGCUGAAGGAGCAUCUGGACCGUCGCUUGGAUGCUCUGGAGCAGAAGCUGGAGGCCGCUCUGCUGAGUGCCCUGCCUCUGGUCGUGCUGAAGAACGGCGCAGCAGCCGCGAGCGAGCAGGUCGCCCAGACGCCGUGUGUGCAGCAAAGCUAAAGACUAACCCGUGUCGCCAGGAAGUGGCGCUGCACUGACGCUCCUUUUGUCUGUCAUGUGUGGCUCUUCACGGUUCCUCCUGGUUUCUCUGCUUUGAGGUGCAGCAAACACUAAACUCUGUUAGAGUGAAGCCUCAGACGGUUUCUGUCCAUUUAAAGCGGUCUUGGUCAAAGGAGGCGGAGAUGUUUGGCGGUAAUGUUCUCGUCUGUAACCUGCUGCGUCUGUCCUGCAGAAGCAAACGGAACGGUUGGUUGAAGAUCAACCAUCAGGUUGGUGGUCCUAAGGAGCUGCGCUUCCUAUAAUUAUUUACUGACAGAAAACUACUUUCAAAUAGUAAUAGAUUAAAGUGUAUUGGUUAUUGUUAUGCAAAAGUAAUCCAUUACUUUUACACAAGUCGUGUUACUCUGGUUACACAGUAGUGAAGCAUGCCAUGUGAAGGACAAACGUCAAGUCCUCAUUAAAGAAGAGAUGUUUGCUGGAAUCAGGAUUAUUCUAACACGCUUCACUGAAGCUCUGGAGCGUCAACACCACUGCUGUCAAUCAAAAUACUGAUAGGCUCCGCCCCCAAGUCUGAGACUGACAGGAUUCAGGAAAGCAGUGUGUUUAAAAAUAACUUUAUUCUCUUCUUUGAAAAACAUUGUCUUCAAAUACAAAGGCACAAAACUGUAAGGAAGUUAUCUGUGGAAGACACCUGCGAUCACCUGCAGCAGCCACAGGUGGCGCUGGAGAGUCAGGCCUGUGAGGGGGGGGAAGGUAAAUGGAGCUGAGAGGAACAUAAAUGUGCAGCUUCAGUUUCUGAGUGAAGAACGUCGGGUGUGAAACAGAAAGCUGCAGGGCUUCUCAGUUCUAGUCAUGACUGACUCCAGCACUGACAUCCAGCCCCUGAUUGGUGGAUGCUGACGGCGUGUCAUCGUCAAAGGUCAAGGGUCGAUCUCCUCUGGGAUAACGGUCAGCAUGACGUCCUCGUUGCCGCGCCUCACCACCAUCCUCAAAUUCUGCUCUCGCUUGAUGGUGGUGCUCACGUCAUUGGCCGAGGUGAUGUGCUCGCCAUUGAUGCUGAUGAUGACGUCCCUCUCCUUUAGCCCCGCCCUGCAGAGACAGACACGGCAGGUGAGGAGCUUCAUCUCUUCAGUCCUGCGCUUCAGUCCCACAUUACUUUGUUUUGCAAUCAUAAUAUGCUAAUAAGGUGGGCGGGUCUUCCUCAGCUGAUUGGUUUGAUGAAGUUACGGCAGAACCUUCAUGGGUCAGUAGUUCAUAGGAGUCCAGCUGAUGCUCCUUGUGUAGGACCGACCCAGCUGACCUCUUUGGAUCGCUUUUCCCAGACAACCAACAUUUGCAGCCACAGAAAUCCAUGAAUGUAGAAAUGUGGAAAUAAUUUCACCAAACAAUGUAAAUAAAAGAGUAAAAUCAAUAAUUCUGAAGGCA